AUGGCAUCGUCAUCGUCGAGACUAGCCAAGAGGGCCACCGCAUCAAUCACACGGUCCUCGGGGCAGUCGGUCAGCCGGACAGCCUUGCCACUGGCACGCUCUUCUUCCCGACACUCCACCUUAUCUCCCGAAAGCGGCCCAAGCACGUCGCUUCUCAGUCGCCGCAGCAGACGAUUCAGCAUCUCGGCCACCGCGCAGAGACUCCGACCAGCAGCACCCCUCAACACCGCCGACUUCGGCGUCGCAAAGUCGGACCAUGAGAAGGACAAUGAGGAGCUGCGCGCUCUCUUCGACGCACCGCCUUCUUCCUCAUCAGCCAACAGCUUGCGGGGCUCCGGCCCUCCGACUGGUUUGUUCGAGAUCCCAACCCUCACCUCGCCGCAGAACUUCCUCAUCCUCGCUCAGCAGACAUUGGCUCGUGCCCAGCUUUUGGUCGACCGCAUCGACAGGGCCGGCCACGCAGAUGCCACCACAGCAGAAGGGGUCAAGGAGCUCAAAGAGGUCGUGCGCAAUCUGGAUCGCCUCAGCGACCUGCUCUGCGGUGUCAUUGAUAUGGCCGAGCUCGUGCGCAACGCGCACCCAGACCCGGAAUGGGCGGAGGCUGCCAACGCCGCGUACGAGUAUUUGUGCGGCUACAUGAACGUGCUCAACACCCACGUCGGGCUGUACAGCGUGCUCAAGAACAUCCUCUCCACUCCCGACAUCGCUUCGACACUGUCGUCCGAGGCGACCGCCGUGGCCCAGGUCUUUUUGCGCGACUUUGAAAAGUCCGGCAUCCACCUUCCCCCAGCAGAACGAGAGCAGUUCGUCAAGCUCAGCGACGAGAUUCUCGUGCUCGGCCGCGGCUUCCUUCAGGACAUCGCAGGCAACGAUGCAUCCGACGACUUUUCGCGCAGCGCCGGCGCAAAGGCUGAUGUCGACCCGAACGACACCGUCGAGCUGCCUACCGACUGGCUGCAAGACGUCAAUCCGACGGUGCUCAAGGCGGUCCGCGCAAGUGCGAUCACCGACCGCGACGGCCUGCUCACCUUCUCGGCCGCCGACCAGCCGUGGGUGUUCCAGACGCUGCUCAAGUAUGCGCCAGACGAGCGCGCGCGCAAGGCGGCGUUCCGUGCGGCCAACUACGGCAGCCAGGCGCAGGUGCAGCGUCUGGAGCGUCUGCUCAAGGCGCGGGCCGAGCUCGCCACGCUCACGGGCGCUGGCUCGUACGCCGAGAUGGCGCUCGGCGACAAGAUGGCCAAGCAGCCGCAGAACGUCGAGCAGUUCCUGCGCGCGCUCACCAACCACCACCGCCCACGCGCCGCCAAGGACCUGGACAAGCUGCGCACGCUCAAGCACACCGCCUCGGUCGCGGCAAAGUCCGGCAGCAAGGCGACAGGCGGCAUGUUCAACCCAGCGCCCACAUUGCCCGAGUUCGCACCAUGGGACCGCGACAUCUACACCGAGCAGCACUUCCGCUCGCCGUCGCUGCGCAGCGUGCAGCCGCUCUCACCGUACCUCAGCCUGGGCUCGGUGUUUGCAGGUCUGUCGCGCCUGUUCAGCUCGUUGUACGGCAUCCGCUUCCGUGCGUCCAUGGUGGCGCCGGGCGAGGUGUGGAGCGAGGGGCCCGGCGAUGUCAUGAAGGUCGAGGUGCUCGACGAGCGCGAGGGUGCGCGUGGCAGCGCCGGUUCUGCGGAAGGUCUGAUCGGCACGAUCUAUGCGGAUCUGUGGAGCCGAGAGGGCAAGCCUGGUGGAGCGGCACAUUACACGGUGCGCUGCUCGCGCCGCGUGGACAAGGACGACGAGGCGGGUGACUUUGCGCACGGUCGUGCGGAAGACGGUCGCGUCUUGCGACCCGAAGAUCUAGGCGGGCAGGGGUAUGGGAACCCGCUGCAGGCACCUACGUUCGAGCAGCGCGAGCGCGCCGGGCGGUACCAGCUGCCUGUUGUGGUUCUCAUGUGCGACUUUGCGCGUCCCGGCGGAGGUGGGGGGCAGGGACCGUGUCUGUUGGGCUGGCACGAGGUCGAGACGCUGUUCCACGAGAUGGGGCAUGCCAUUCACUCGAUGAUUGGCCGCACGUCGUACCACAAUGUCUCGGGCACACGCUGUGCGACCGACUUUGUCGAGCUGCCCUCGAUCCUCAUGGAGCACUUUGUGCAGUCGCCGCAGGUCGUGUCGAUCCUUGCAAGGCAUCACAAGACCGGCGCCUCGCUGCCAUUCGAGCAUCUGCAGGCGCAUCUACAGGCAUCCAAGUCGCUCGAGAGCCUCGACACCUACCACCAGAUUCUCCUUGCGCGGCUCGAUCAGAUGUACCACUCCACGCUUGCAGCCGACAAGGGCUUCGACUCUACCCAGGCCUACGCUGCGCUCGACCGCGAAAUGGCGCUCUCCGGCAGCGAGUACCUCUCGUACACCCAAGGUGCCAAUCCUCAGGUCAGGUUCGGCCACCUCUUCGGCUACGGCUCGACGUACUACUCGUACCUGCUGGACCGUGUGAUUGCAAGCAAGAUCUGGAACCACCUGUUUGCCAAGGAUCCACUCGACCGAGCUGCGGGCGAAACCUUUAAAUCGCAAUGCCUCAAGUUCGGCGGCGGCAAAGAUCCAUGGCACAUCCUUGCGGACGUGCUCAAGCAGGACAAUAUCCGCGACGGAGACUCGCACGCCAUGCAACAGGUCGGCCGUUGGGGCAUCGAGUAG